CGCUAACUGCUGGUCCCUCUUUUGUUUCAUUUAAGCAUUGGGUUUUAGGGAACCUUAGUUCUAUGGUAUAAAGAGUAGCAGUUUCUGAAUUUUUAGCUUGGGAAAAGCACGCACGAUUCCCUCGCCCUUCCUGCCGGUGCAGCCAUACCUUAGAAGGCCAGCUCAGGAGGCGAGGAAGGUCUGUGUGUGUUGGCAGGCGAGCGUGAUCUGUUGUGCAAUGAACAGGCUCUGCAGUAAGGGCUGCCUUUGCUGGCAGUAGAUCCUUUCUCGUUCUUGCUGAAACACUUCAUGCCUUGUACAGUAUUUAGUAUUUACCAGAAACAGGGAAAGAAAAUAUUUUUAGGGUCUGUAGUUAAGUACCUUCAUGAGAAUUAGCUAAGAAUGAAGUGAAAGUCCUGAGUUAUCUCCCCCUGCCUCCCUCCCCCUUCCGUCGUCGUGUCAUCUCACGUUAGCUGUUUAUGCGGCAAUUUAAGCCACCCUCAUGGAGGUAUUGCUGAAUUGUUUAUUCUUUACUCUUUUCUGUCCCCCUUAGGGAAUGAAAGCUACUAGUUGACUUAAAAAUCCCCAGGCUUCACAAGUUUGGAGACAUCCCAGAAUAAGGCACAAUGUCAACAGCGGGAGUUGCUGCUCAGGAGAUUAGAGUCCCAUUAAAAACUGGAUUUCUACAUAAUGGCCAAGCCAUGGGGAGUAUGAAGACCUGCUGGGGCAGCCGCAGUGAGUUUGGGAAUAACUUUUUAAAUAUUGACCCAAUAAGCAUGGCCUACAGUCUGAACUCUGCUGCCCAGGAGCACCUACCGUCCAUUGGGCACACUUCAAGAUCUGCUCCAGUGAAUGGCCACUACUUUGCAGAAAAUCGUCCAUCUCAAAAGUCCAGCUUGCCUCCUCUUAUUAUCCCCUCAAGUGAAAACUUGGGACAGCAUGAAGAGGACCAAGUUGUGUGUGGUUUUAAAAAACUCUCAGUCAAUGGAGUUUGUGCUUCUACUCCUCCACUCACACCCAUUAAAAACUCCCCUUCCCCUUUCCCCUGUGCAGCUCUUUGUGAACGCGGUUCUAGGCCCCUCCCACCAUUGCCCAUCUCUGAAGACCUCUCUCUGGACGAGACGGACUGUGAGGUAGAAUUCCUAACUAGCUCAGAUACAGACUUCCUUUUAGAAGACUGUACGCUUUCUGAUUUCAAAUACGAUGUUCCUGGCAGGCGAAGCUUCCGUGGGUGUGGACAGAUCAACUAUGCAUAUUUUGACACCCCAGCUGUCUCUGCAGCAGAUCUCAGCUAUGCAUCCGACCAAAACGGAGGCGUUCCAAAUCCAAACCCUCCUCCACCGCAAACCCACCGACGAUUGAGAAGGUCUCAUUCGGGACCAGCUGGAUCCUUUAACAAGCCAGCCAUAAGGAUAUCCAGCUACACACACAGAGCUUCUCCUAACUCCGAUGAAGACAAACCCGAGGUUCCCCCCAGGGUUCCUAUACCUCCUAGGCCUGUGAAGCCAGAUUACCGAAGGUGGUCAGCAGAAGUUACUUCUAGCACCUAUAGUGAUGAAGACAGGCCUCCCAAGGUACCACCGAGAGAACCUUUGUCGCGGAGUAACUCCCGUACGCCAAGUCCUAAGAGCCUCCCGUCUUACCUCAAUGGGGUCAUGCCCCCAACACAGAGUUUUGCCCCUGACCCCAAGUAUGUCAGCAGCAAAGCCCUGCAAAGACAGAACAGUGAGGGAUCUGCCAAUAAGGUUCCUUGCAUUCUGCCCAUUAUUGAAAAUGGGAAGAAGGUUAGUUCAACACAUUAUUACCUACUACCUGAGAGACCACCGUACCUGGACAAAUAUGAAAAGUUUUUUAGGGAAGCAGAAGAAACAAACGCCCAAAUCCAGCCAUUACCUGCUGACUGCAGUAUAGUUUCAGCCGCCGAAAAGCUGGACUCAAAAACGAGAACGGACCUGGCUGGCCACGCAAAGCGUAAACACUUGUCCUAUGUGGUUUCUCCUUAGACUGUGGGGUCACGGCUCAGCAGAGCUCCAUGGGAACAGAUAGUUCUCGGUUUUUCAGAUUGGCUGAGGGUCACGGAACAACCUUACAGAGCACAAAGUGAAAUUGUUGAACACUCUGUCUUAAUGAGAAAGGUUUAGAGCAGUUGUGAGGUGCUGUUAGGCUGAGAAUUUUGUUAGUGUUGGAGAAAAGCCUGUUCAAGUCUAUAAAGAUGUGAUGGCGGGAGGGAAGGCGGGGAAACUUUUAUAUAUGCAUACAUUAUACACCUAUAUUUACAUUUGUGGUAUAACCAUAGACCAUAGUUGCAGGUAACCGAUUAGUGACUAUCUUAGAGUAAUAUAUAUUCAGAAUAAUAAAAACUGAAGCUGGAGGAUUGACUUCUGAUAGACUGAAAAUUGAGCAAAUGGGAGAAGAUACAGUAUUUAGAUCAGAAUCCUAAAAAAAAAAAAAAAAAUUAUUUUUGUUUAGUAAGUUUGGAGAUUUCUGGCCAUCGGGCCUGUUCUUUUUCGUUUCAUUUAUUUUUGCAAUCUUUUCCAUUGAGGGCAGGGUGUACAUUCUUUAUCAUAACUGUACCUACCUAGUUUAAAAAUCAUCCCAAGGCCUAAGACUUCCAGGUUCUCAUUUUUUUUGUCAUGUGGAGAGGAGGGCUAUAGCAGUUUAUUUGGCAGUCCUCUUAUUACCUGUGCAUGUCUCCCAUGUUAAGAAAAUGAAAAAGAUAACAGAAUUAGGGAAUAGUUUUUCCUUACAACU